AUGUCGGAUCCUAACAACUAUACUGUUGGUUGGAUAUGCGCUGUGAAACCGGAAAUUGUUUCAGCAUCGCUAUUUCUCGAUGAAGAGCACGACCCGCUCGAUGAUACCUCUGAAGAUGACCAUAACACUUAUACGUUAGGUCGGAUUGGGAGGCAUAAUAUCGUCAUCGCUGCAAUGCCACAUUGGCAAUGUGGGCCCGUGAAUGCGACGGCCGUCGCCAAAGACAUGGCUCGUACCUUCCCGAAUUUAAGAUUCAAUCUGAUGGUGGGAAUUGCUGGAGGUAUUCCAAGCGAGAUCAAUGAUAUACGUCUCGGCGAUGUUGUUGUUGGCUGUCCUGGUUAUGGGACUGGAGGAACCUUACAGUACGAUUAUGGGAAGAAGACACAAGACGAGGACAUAAAACUAACUGGCCAUUUAAAUCAACCACCACAGUUCAUAUUAACGGCUAUAGCUCAACUGGAAGCUGAUUAUGAAAGGAAACCCCACAAGUUAGAGGAGACUAUUGAAGGUAUCCUAAAAGAUAAUCCUAGAUUGUGGAGCAAAUACAAACGGCCAGACAACGAUACUGACAGGCUAUAUCAAUCGACUUUCAAGCACAUUGGGGACGACGAGGAAAGCUGCGCAGGGACCUGUGGAAACAGCAUACUGAAUCUAAUCUCAAGAGGCAAGAGGCCUGAAGAGCAGGAUAAUCUUGUAAUUCAUUACGGCUUAAUCGCGUCAGCAAGUUCAUUGCUUAAGGAUGCAUUGGCUCGAGACAGGCUUGCAGGAGAAGGAGCUUUGUGUGUUGAGAUGGAAGCUGCAGGAUUGAUGAACCACAUUCCCUGUGCUGUGAUUCGUGGCAUAUGUGACUAUGCAGAUACACAUAAGAACGUCAAGUGGCAAGGUUUUGCAGCAAUGACGGCAGCCGCGUACACGAAGGAUCUUCUUAAGAGGAUUCCGCCGAGCAGGGUGAUCGUGCAGAGGAAGAUGAGCGAACUCCUUAAUGAUGUAAGCGAAGGCUUGAACUUUGUUAAAUUUGGGAUGAUAGACCUCCGGAAGGAUGAUCAUUUUCAGAAACUCAAAAGUUGGCUCUCGCCAGCCGAUGGCACAGGCGUAUGGUUCCUAAAGAGUCCCAAAUACUUGGAAUGGAAAACUACAAAUAAUUCAUUCCUGUGGCUCAAUGGUAUUCCUGGUUGUGGCAAAACAAUUCUCAGCUCAACAAUCAUUGAGGAUCUCACGAAAGUCAAGGGCAUGCCAACGAAUGUUGUUUACUUCUAUUUUGAUUUUAGUGACUCCAACAAACAGUCAUUGGAGGACAUGCUCCGAUGCCUCGCUAUUCAGUUGUAUCCAAUAGGAACAACUACUCAAGGCUACUUAGACUCACUUUAUGAUAAAGGCACUCGACAACCUUACAUCGCAUCACUCCGUGAAACUGUCCGAAAAAUGGUCCAGCGAGCCAGUGAGCUAUGGAUUGUAAUCGACGCACUUGAUGAAUGCGUGACCCGACGCGAGUAUCCAAGUGAAGGGGUUCUUGAGUGGAUUGAAGAUAUCAGGGGAUGUGAGGCGAGUGUUCAUCUCUUAGUUACAAGCCGUCCAGAGCAAGAUAUCAUGUCAUCCAUUAAAGGAUGGACACGCGAACAAGACAUCAUCCCACUCCAAAGUCAUCUGGUGGAUGGGGACAUUCGUGCUUAUACUCAACACAGAGUAAGGGAGGAUAAAGGAUUGAAACGGUGGCAUGGGAAGCCGGAGGUAGAACAAGAGAUUGAAGGCGCGUUAGUAGAGAAAGCAGAUGGAAUGUUUCGCUGGGUUGCGUGCCAACUCGAUGUACUUGGGGAGUGUCUCGACCUCCCAUCAGUCCGGAAGGCCCUCAAAUUGUUGCCACGAACGUUGGAUGAAACCUACGCUAGGAUAAUAGCUGGAUUGCAUGGCGAGUAUCGAGACCAUACAAAGCGAAUACUGCAGUUCUUGACGUAUUGUGAACGACCAUUAAGGCUCGCAGAACUCGUUGAUGCUAUUGCAGUAGACAUAAUCAACACGGGCUCGUUUGAUCCGAGAGAUAGAAUGCCCGACCCUGAAGAAAUUGUCAAAUGUUGUUCAAGCUUAGUAGUCAUGACUACGGUCAAACUUACUUCAUAUUAUCCCCUCUUGGAUGGCCGGAUAGUUAAUGAAAAGUAUGGCUACGUGGGCAAAGACAAAUAUUUUACAGUACUACAGCUGGCUCAUUAUUCGGUCAAAGAAUACCUCACAUCAGAUCGACUCGAUGAAGAUAUGGCCAAAGACUACUCGGAGAGAAAUGCUAAAGCCUCUAUCGGAGAAGUGUGCGUCGCAUACUUCCUACAGUUGGAGAUGGAAAUGGGGCGCGGUUACAGAAUAGAUGAAAUCGCGGAAAUGUAUCCGAUGACGACCUACGCCGCGCGGUGUUGGCGUACCUACGCUGAAAUAAUUGAUACUAAAACAGAAUCUUCUAUCGAACUAAUUUCUAGGUUCUUGAUGAGCGGUAAUGCGCUGUGGGUUGCUAUUAGUAUGGAAUUAUCAGAUAUGGAUGGCGAUUAUUAUCCGAAAAGCAACGUACCGACGGGCUUACCUUUCGCAAUUUUACAUGGAUUAGUCCGUACAUCUAAGCGCAUAAUCGACGAAGGAUUUAACGUGAAUGAAUGUGACUUUCGGAUUUUUUUUGAAGCUCCAUGGGACUUGGAUUUCCACAAAGAAUGUUAUCUCGAAAUGCUGUUAUAUUCCGCAAUUGGCCUCCCCGCUCUCCAUUUUGCUGUGUAUUUGGGUCACGAGGGAAUGGUUAGCAUGCUCCUGGAGAGUGGUGCCUAUGUGAUUAUUGAAAUGCAUAGUGCGUUGGCAAUAGCAGCACGUCGGGGUAAUCAACAUAUAUUUAACACACUUCUUGAGAGGUGCCCCAAUGUUGAUGUCAUGUUUGAGGGCGUUGGAACACCUCUCGAAGCAGCUGCGACUGGGGGCCACGAAGAAAUUGUUCGAAUGCUUCUCGAUAAGGCAAAUUUAGAUGGAGGAGAAUAUACUGCUCUCCAAGUUGCAGCAGAAGAGGGCCAUGAAAAUAUAAUUCGGAUGCUCAUCCGCGAGGGUGCUGAUGUAAAUAAGAGGAGAAGAGGGGGUAGUACAAUCCAAAUGGCUGUUAUUGGGGGCCACGAAAACAUAGUUCGAAUCCUACUGAAUGAAGGGGCGAAUUUAGAAGAUGAAGAUGGCUGCAGUUGGACCAUUCUUCGAAGGGCUGCAGAAAGGGGUUACGAAGGUAUCGUUGGGAUGCUCAUCCGUGCGGGUGCCGAUGUGAAUGCCGUAAAGCACGAAACGCAUUGGACUAGUCCUCUUCAGACCGCCAUAUAUAGGAGCCACGAAGGUAUCGCCUCGAUGCUUAUCCGUGCGGGUGCUGAUGUCAACGAUAUCGGGGGCCAUUCCUCCGGGUAUUUCCCUCUCCAUAACGCCGCAGUAGGAGGCCAGGACAAUAUUGUACGCAUGCUUCUCCUUGCAGGUGCUGACAUAAAUGCAGCAUUGAGAUCGUCGCGCCGUGAUACUGCUCUCCGAUUAGCUGUCAAAGAAGGCCACGAGAAAGUGAUCAGGACGCUUUUAUCUGCUAGUUCCGAUACGAACGCCGAAGAGGAAUGCUAUGGUGCUCUCAUAGCUGCGGCAGGGCGUGGCCGUAAAUGGCCAGUUGAAAUGCUUUCAAGUGUAUGCAUUGAUGCGGCUCUUACGAAUAUUCCGUAUCAUGAGGCUUUUGAGGCUGCUCUUAGUUGGGGCCAUACGAUCACAGCAUCGUUCUUAUUUAAUAAGAUAACGAGUGUGGAUAUCUCUGGCUGCGUUUGCGUUAAUCUUGCGGCAGGAUUAGGCUGUGAUAGACUGAUUGAUGCGUUGCUCCGUAAAGGAGCCAGUAUGGAAAUUCAAGAUAAAAAUGGGUAUACUGCCCUUGGCUAUGCCGUAUACUACCAAAAUGAAACUAUUGUCGGGAUGCUUAUUGAAAGAGGUGCGAAUAUCAACGCAGUGGAUGCAAAUGGAGGAACCAUCCUUGAUAUCGCAGCUCAGUACACCCAGGUGAAGAACCCGGGUAUAAUUCGACUUUUACGAGAGAAAGGUGCAGAACAUGGGGACCCCCGCGGGUUGAAACGAAGAAGAAUAGAAUAGCUGUCUCUGAAUAGGAAGAGGUUUUAGGCAAAAGGUUCACGUAGAAACCGAUAGCACCGUGCCCUAGGGGUGAGAGAUGCGUAAUUACGUUGGUAUUUGACGUUUAUUAGCAUUCUCGGACAACACUAGCAGCACCUGUAGUUUCAAUCGAAACACAACAUCUUGUCAAUCGUCGCUCCAUACCUGAGAGGACAAACACGAGUGGAUAUUUGCCUCCUACCUAGGUACCUAAUUGUACUCAAGCCCCGGUGUCCUGCGGCCACUCGUCUAGUGCCACGGGUUCGCCAUCCAGCGUGAAGUCCCAAGUAUCCUGCGUCGGUACAUCCACCAAUAGACUAUACUCACCCGGAUACAGCACCAAAUUGCCA